CUCUAGAAGACUUAGAGGAAAUUUCGGUAGCCAGGGUCGAGUACGGACCCAGCUCCUGGCUUCCUGCUGCUGUACCCGCUAGGCUGACUGCAAGAGCCCGGGGUGGUCGCGAGAAGCGUCCCCUCAGGGACCCAGAGCCUUCUUUGAGGGAUCCCGAGAGCCGAGGGCCGGGCCUGAGCAGUGUCCCCCCCGGAGCCCGAAGACGCGCUUGAGGAGGCAGCGUUUCCCUCAGGGACCCGAACGUAGCGGGCGCGGGCGCCGAGCGCUUUUCCCCGCCCGAACCCCGCGGGUGGUGUGGCUGUACUUGAAUUAAACGGCCUCCGCGGGCGGUCGCCUCCCGGGGCUCCCGAGGGCCUGGUUCUGCCUCCAGCGCCCCAAGUACAGAGGUUGCCGCGUCUUCAGCCCCAGAGCCCCGGGGAAACAUCCCAACCUUAGAGAAGGGCGGAUUCACGGAGAAGAGACCAUGCUUAAGACUACAAGGAUAGCAAUCUCCCUGGACCACCUGAAUUGAACCUGAAGCUUGAGUUAUUGACAUCAGGGGCAGUUGACAUCAGAGGCAAACAUGUUGGAUCCCAACAGUGCAAUGGACUUUUUUGACCAAGAAAAUAUGGAGGAGCUCUCCCAACUCGCUUCCCUAGAGAUGUCAGGGGAUUUAGUUGCCAAGAGAAAACCUUCAGCUGCGCUAGAAAAAUCUAGCUAUCCAGACUCCGUGUACGUUACGGCGGCAAAUAUUUUUCAGGGUAUUCGAAUCCAAAGGCCAGCAGACAAAGCCAUCAUAAAUUACGGGGAUGAACUCUUGCCGUCCUCCUGGACCCAGGCCGAGGAAGAUUCUUUUCAGCGUUUGUCCUAUGAGUUGGCUUUCAGUACCCUGAAGUAUCAAGAUAUUUUGGAAAGUAUAUUAAUAGAUACCGAUAUCUUCUCAAGUACCACAAUCCCAGAUCAGUUGAACAGCCUUAUCAUUGUGAUGCUGUAUGAUUUCCAAGAUAGAAAAUUUCAGCCCCGCGUCCUUCCCAAAGACGCAGAGACCAUACCAGAAGUUCAAGAAGUAGAGAACCUUCUUAACAGCUUUAAGACAAAGUUGGCUGCGGCAUUGGCGAGAUGUCGGAUCAAGCAUGAUGCCCUUUCGAUUUACCACAUUCUGCCAGAGACAGUUAGGAAACAGGAACAGCGGGCCUCGACUUUGCCUCUGUAUGCUUGGAUAAAUAUUGGUAAAGUAAGCCUUGAAGAAGUUUACGAUGAUCUGAGGAAAAAAGGUUUUGAUAAGGUCAAGUCGAUAGCGUAUCUCAAUGACAAGGUCUUUGCCGUUGAUCAGCAUUGCUUCAAUGUCUUAAUUUUUCCAUCUCAUUUCAAAAGAGAACUUUUAAACAUAGAUCUUAUAAAAGACUAUAAACUCAUUUUCCAGGACAAAUCUCGAAGCCUUGCUGUCCACUCUGUCAAGGCUUUAAUAAACAUUGACGAUGAUAUCCUAAUGGUCAACACGGGCUCAUGGUACACAGUUGCCCAUAUGUCCAUCUUAACAAGUGGCAACACCUCGAAAAUAUUUGUAUGUGGAAUAGAAUCGGAAGAGAAGGAUUCUGAUGCGAAGAAACUUUUCACAAAAAUGGGAUGUGAAAAUAUUGAAAUACUUCAUGAAACAUUUCUUAGCAUUGAACCCAAAGAUCAGCGGUUACAGAAUGUUAAGGUCAUUCUGUUGCUACCUCGCUGUUCAAGCCUAGGUGUUAGUAAUCCAGUGGAAUUUAUUUUGAAUGAACACGAAGAUACAAGUUUACUUCAAGAUCUUUCUCAGGGUGGUCUACCAAAAGAUAAACUUCAGAUUUUUGCUCAGCAACAAUUUGAACAGCUAACACAUGCAAUGAAAUUCGCUAAAGCUCAAGCGAUUGUUUACUGUACAUGUUCUGUUUCUGAAGAGGAAAAUGAAGAUGUGGUUAAGAAAGCACUGGAAUUUCAAAGCCCAGCACUUAAAUUACAACCUUACAGACUCAGUCCUCCCGUGCUCCCGCUGUGCUCCUUAAAAGAGAUAGAACUGUCUAUGGAUAGGUUUUUCAGACUGGAGCCAUCUGAUAUUACCAAUGGCUGUUUUCUUUCUAUCUUAACAAGAGAGCGAGACCCAUCUGAGACAGUGUCAGUGAAAGAUGUUCUGGCCCGGGCGGCGGCCAAAGGUCUACUGGACGGGGUUGAGGUUGGGAAGACACUCAAACGGGACAAGAAAAGGAAAAAAGCAAAAGCCCCACUGCCCAAAGCCCCUCCCCAGGCGGACCUGGCUCACGAGCAUUCGUCAGUGACUGGCGCCGACAACAGCAUCCAAAUGAAAAUCACUGAGUUCCUGCAUCGAGAAAGCAAAGCCAGUGCAGUGAAAACGCCUCCCCCUGCAAAACCCGCGCCUCAAGUGGCCGCCGCCUCCCAGAUCAGAAAGCCCAGCAAGCCUUUAACGACCCCACUGGUGAGGACCACCAGGCCGUCAGAAAAGGCGGGAAGCUUUGGGAGACCUCGGCCAGAAGGCAAAGGGAUUCCUCUGAAACCGGUUGAAAUCAUUCUGCCUCCAGUGACGUUCCCAUUCUCGAGCCCCCAGGGACCCAGGUUUCAGAUGCCAGGCACCCAUUAUUAUUACCGCUUCAUUGGAUCAAAGGACUCUUCUAGGGAGGACAGGAUCAAUAAUUUCCUGAUAAAGUAAGAAGAAAAACAGGAUAAAAGCAACCUAAGAGAACUCUAGUGAAGACUGCUGACCACACUGUUUUAACUGGCAUUUCAACUUCUUGAUCUUCUUAAAGUGUUGGCAAAAUAAAAGAAAUCAUCAAAUGAUAGCAUUCAAA